GGUUGAUCUUGUAGUUUACAGUCAUUUCGUAUGGGCUAUUGACGCGUGUGGUAUUGGAUGCCAUUUUCCAGAAGUUGGGUAUAUGACAGUCAUGUCAUUGGUAAUGACUUGAAUGACAGUAUAAAUUGAAUACAAUAGAGCUCAUUAGAAUCGUUCGUGGAUUAUUCCAGACGUGCCUUUUUUCCAAUCAUCUAAACAAGGACAUUAUUUUUUUUUUUAGACUUGAUUAUUUUGGUGAAACUCUGCACCCCCAGCAGUAGAUAGUAAGUGCUUAUAGGGAGGGAGCCCGAGCGGAUUGGUCGCGCGCACAGACAGACAUGGGCAGUCAGGACUUGCAAGGGGCAGGUCGGCAGCUCGGAAAUAGUCAUCAAUUUUUGAGAAUAAUGCAUUUUAGAUGAGAUAACAAGGAAUGAAAAAGUUCGAAUAGUGUAUGGUAAGCCGUUGUAAAGGGGUUGUGCUUUCAGUUAGGGGUGUACAUAUCUGUGUUAUUAUUAUUUAUCAGAAGGGGCCGCCGGUGAAGCAGUAGCGCAAGUAGAGAGAGUGUAUGUUCAGAGGAUCCAGGCCUAGUAGUAUUGCCGCUGAUUGGAAUGCUCAUCCGCUUUCACAAAUUUGGAAAAUAGCACAUUUACAAUCAGAAAUGAGAGGUUUGUCAGUGCUUUUUGCGGUGGCUGACAUUGGAAUGCGUGUCAUUAUAGCAACGGAGAUCUAAUUUUAACGUGACCGGCUGACCAAACGCGCCCCAGGUUGACACUAUUCCACGCUCUUGGCGGUGCCGCGAGCCGUGGAAUGAUGGCAGUAGCCUACCUGUUUUUUCAGUUGUCCUAAAGCAAGGAUGUCAACAUGGCAGCAUGAGUGGGCCCUAUGAAUAGGCCAAUCAGAUCUGCCCGUCGGAGCCGUCACCCCAGCUCACCUCUGACCUCUGACCUUCACCUCCCCAGCUCCCCUUCCUCUCAGCACCAUGACCCUGAGCCAGGACUAGUUAUGUCCACUGCCCCUUCCCUCAAACCCCCCUCAGCCUAUGGGCUUCCUCACAAGGACCUUGCGUCCACCUACAGUCCUCUCAGGAGACUCCAGCAUCUGACUACCAUGGUCAGCCAUCCUGACCUGGUCCUGGCUGGGAGGGACAGGGCUUAUCAGACCCAGGCCCAGGCCCAGCCUCACACCCAGGCCCAGACCCACAGCCAGGCCCAGAACCAGCCCCACAGCCAGACCCAGGCCCAGCCUCACACCCAGGCCCAGACCCACAGCCAGGCCCAGGCCCAGACCCACAGCCAGACCCAGGUCCAGCCUCACACCCAGGCCCAGACCCACAGCCAGGCCCAGGCCCAGACCCACAGCCAGGCCCAGACCCACAGCCAGCCCCAGGCCCAGCCCCACAGCCAGAGCCAGGCCCAGCCCCACAGCCAAACCCAGACCCAGCCCCACAGCCAGACCCGAGCCCAGACCCGGGCCCAGACCCAGAGCACCAGGAAUGACACCUACACCCGGGGCGUAGCAAGGAAACCCGAUUCUGGUAACUCCCAGGUGUCGAACCCCCACACGGCCUCCAUCCCAGACUUCAGACAGGAUAGGACAGCCAGCAACAGGCCCGACGCCGCGUCAGAUAAGAUGACGAACAGCUGCUUCUCUGACCCGCCGAGUCCCGCCUUCUCAUUGGACAGCAACAGCCCAUUCGCCAACGGCUUCCUGCACUUCGAGUCCUCGCUGUUCGGAGAGGACGAGGACAGCGACGAGGGCGUUGCCGACGACGACGACGAGGAUUACGGAGAGUGUCGGGGUCCCGCGUCGUCCCUGGCGACCAGACCGGGCAGGGUCGGGAGGUCGCAGGAAGCAGGCCUGGGUUUUUUAAACUUGAAGUCUGAUCCCGACCCGGAGGUGCGUGAGCGUUCGGACAGCCGUUCCCCCGUUGGCCGUGCGGUGCUGAAGGGUCGCGGGGCCGAGGAAUCGGACCCGGAUUGGGGGAGUGACUGUGAGUCAUUCUCUCUCAGGACCAGCCCCUCUGGGCCAGCUCUGUCAAGCAGCCUCAAGAAGAAGCCCCUGCCUCCGGUGAAGUUCAUGGAGGGAGAAGUGAUCUGGGCCAAGUUCAACCGCAGGCCCUGGUGGCCUUGUGAAAUCACUGUGGACCCACAUCAGAACACCUACCACAGGAUGAAAGAGCCCAGCGACCGACCGUGCAGGCUCUACUACAUCAAGACCUUCGGGGAGCCAGAGGAGUGGGCCUGGGUGGAGGGCAGGGCCACUCACCCAUUCCAGGGAGGCUUCCAGUUCGAACAGCUUCCACUGCUCCGCAGGAGAGGGAAGCAACGUGAAGAGAACUACAAAUACUCUAUACCUAAGCGCUUCAAAGAGUCGUGGAAGCUGAGUGUGGCGGAGGCAGAAGCCGUUGAACCCUACAGACCCAAAAUGGAUGCCUCCACAUCCCCCGCCAUAGAGGAGACCCUCCAUGACGGCUCCACUCCAGAGAAAGAUGACAAGGCUCUUCCCCCGCCUCCUCCGUUCACCCCACCUUCCUCUACUCCCCCUGCAACUAGUCACUUUACCAACGGAGCUGUGUCUCCACCCAGGAAAGCUGCCCCAGCGAGACCAAGCACUUUCAAGAAGCCCAAAUGCAAGAAGAGGCCGAGCAAAACGUUGAAAGCGCAGAUAGCUAAAACCGAGACGAUCAACCACAAAAAGACGUUUGUCAAUCCCGACCAAUCGCAAAGGGAUCAGGGAGAGUGUCCAUAUUCGGACCUGGACUCCGUCCCUAAGAUUCUGUGUCCUAAAGCUCUCGAGCGUCAGUCCAAACCCGCUCCGGCUCCACCUCCGGCCCCACUGGCGAAGGAGGUGAAGAAACCACCUGAGAUCCAGACUGGCCUGUGGUUCAGCAAGGCAGGCAAAGAGAGACGACCCAAAACCACCAGCCCCGUGCCGGACCGCACACUCUUCAGCAAAGCCUCCUCCAGGAAGAAACCUCCAGCCUCCGUCAACAGGAAGAUCCCGGCGUUCGUCUCGGCCCCCGCAGUGACGAGCGGGCCAUCUGACCAAUCGAAGAAGGUUGUGGACAAGCACCCCGCCCACCUUCCCGCCAGCAGCGGGCUGAUGACCCGGGCUCUGAAGGCGCAAGAGGAAGCGGAGAAGAAGAGAAAGACUCUGUCCAAUGGCAGCAAAGCAGGCGGGCUUAUGUCCGACACCAGCCAUACAGAGAAAGACACCUCCUUCUCACGUGCUUCCUGUAGGAAACCGGAGACCAAAACGAAACGUUCUACCAAAGCCGGACAUCCGAAAAACGACCAAGGCGACCGCCCGGCUUCUUCGCCCGACGCUCGCGAUCGUAGCCCCUCCUCCUUCACAUCGAGCGGCCCGAAAGACUUCGAGGAGGCCGAUGUGAAGACCGAAGACGAUGCCUUCCUGAUCUCCCAGACGCCGUUCGACUUCAUCCCCCUGACCUCCUCCUCCGCCAAGCCCAAGAAGGAGACCUUCGUGUCGGACGUCUCCUCCUCCUCCUCCCCCUCGCGGUGCUUCUCCCCCAUGGACGCCUUCAAAGACGUCAAAGAGGUCUCCUUCCACUCCCUGGCGGCGGAGGCCGACGGCGCCCCCGUUGCUUUCCAAACGGACGCCGGCUACAAGUUCAGCACCUUCCUGAUGCUGCUGAAGGACAUGCACGACAGCAGGGAGCGAGACGGGACCCCUCUGGAGCUGGAGAUCGGACCCCCCAGCGCCCACGUGAAGGAGGAGCCCUCCUUGAUGCCUCCUCCCCCGGGGGAGAGCGCCGGCGCUGGGCCCGGUCGGCGGCUCCCCGGAUGCGGGGGUCCAAAAGCCAAGACCAAAGCCGAGUCGGGAGGCAGGACGAACCAGGUCUCCAAAAGACCCUCCAAGAAAAGAAGCUCAUCCGGGAACAGAAAGGGAUGUAGUAGGAAAGAGCCUGGUGGUUCUGGUGGGUCUGGGCCGGGAUACCCGGGAGGGAGGGCCUCUUCCAGGGCACCUGACCAAGCCUGGGUGAAAACGAGCCACAAGCGAGGCAGAGAUGGAGUGAUGGAGGAAAAGAGCGAGAUGGAGAGUUUGGAGAACUCGGUGUCUUUGGAGCAGAGAGGUUCAGCCGCGGCGGCGUCCUUCUCUCAGCCUAAGACCGGGCUGGAGUCCCAGGUUGUCCCUGAAGCCGAACACACUAACGCCAACACUAACACGGCCCAGUCGGCUGGGAGUCAAGAGCCUCUAACAGCACAUAAACGCAUCAGAAAACCAAGCAAGCGGCUCAUAGAAUGGACAGAGGAGUACGACCAGAUAUUCUCCACCAGGAAGAAACCCAAAAAGCCUCUGUCACAACCUGCUAAGGCCACGCUGUCCAUCAGCAGCAAACCGGAUCCAUCUCCUUCAGUGAAGGACACACUUGAUCACGCGCCUUUGAACGCACUUCCUGAAAUACAGACUCCGCCUCCCGAGGAGCCCUCCGAGACCCCUAUUGGCCUUCCUCCUCCUGUGGAGAACUCCAUCCCCCAGGAUGCACCUGUGCUCUCCAUAGACACACUAACCCCGCCCCCUGAAGCAGAGCCAUCGCAGUCAUCGGGGGCCAUCCCGAAAGAUACCGGAAGUGUUCCAGUGUUGGAGAGGAAGAGGCAGAGGAAACCCACUCAGAAGAUUCUGGAAUACUGUCUGGAGGCUGAAGCUGCCAACCCAAAGAAGAAGGUGAAGUCUGUGAAGACCAGCUCGCCAGGUCAGGCUCACCCUGUCCAUUCAGGUUCCGGUUCUGGACAGCAAACUUCCAGAUCGACCAAGAAAAAGUUAACAACGUUGUCCCCCUCGGCGCCUACGCUCACCCCUUCCACCUCCCCGCCCCCUACCCUUGCAGCUCCCCCCCCCAGCAUCCCCACCCCUGCCCCCCCCAGCCCGGUGGCCUGCCCCCCCAUCCCUGUCAGCGAGGAGAGGGAAUCAGUCCCAGUCCCGACCCCUCCCCCCUCUGAGGAGAGUAAGGUGCAGGAGGAGGAGAAGGAUACCGAGGACACCGAGGCAUGUCCCUCCAGUCUGGACAACAGCUUCUCUUCCACAAAAGACGAGUCUUCGCUGUGCGAAGAAACACACUCAGCCAAUAAGAAGAUCCUAGGAGACAAGGGGGGUGUGGCCUCCCUGAAGGAGAACAUAUGCCAGGUUUGCGAGAAGACCGGAGAGUUGCUGCUGUGCGAGGGCCAGUGCUGCGGAGCCUUCCACCUGCAGUGCAUCAGCCUGGCCGAGGCCCCAAGGGGCAAGUUCAUCUGCCCCGAGUGCAAGUCCGGCGUCCACAGCUGCUUCGUGUGCAGGAAAACGGGGAAGGACGUGAGGCGCUGCAUGAUCCCCGCCUGCGGGAAGUUCUACCACGGGGAGUGCAUCGCUAACCGGGGGCCCACGGCGCCGCUGGGUCUCAACCGGGGAUUCCGUUGCUCGCUACACGCCUGCCUGGACUGCUUCAUCUCCAACCCCGCCAACCCCUCCGCCUCCAAAGGCCGUCUGAUGCGCUGUGUGCGUUGUCCCGUGGCCUACCACGCUAGCGACCACUGUCUGGCGGCGGGCAGCAUCGUGUUAGCCAGUCACAGCAUCCUGUGCCCCAACCACUUCACCCCGCGCAGGGGUGUCAAGAACCACGAGCACGUCAACGUCAGUUGGUGUUUCGUCUGCACUGAAGGGGGCAGCCUGUUGUGCUGUGAGUCCUGUCCUGCCGCGUUCCACCGGGAGUGUCUCAACAUCGACAUGCCCCAGGGCAACUGGUUCUGCAACGACUGUCGGGCCGGGAAAAAGCCCCACUACAAGGACAUCCUCUGGGUCAAAGUGGGCCGGUACAGGUGGUGGCCUGCGGAGGUCAGUCACCCAAGGACGAUCCCAGAGAACAUCCUCCGGAUGAGGCACGACGUCGGGGAGUUCCCGGUCCACUUCUUUGGUUCCAACGACUACCUGUGGACCUACCAGGCCAGGGUGUUCCCCUACAUGGACGUGGAUGCCAACAGCCGAGAGAAGAUGGGCAAAGGAGUCGACGCCAUCUAUAAGAAAGCUCUGGAGGAGGCUGCUGUCAGGUUCAGGGAACUGCAGGCGGAGAAGGAGUUGAGGCAGAUGCAGGAGGACCGCAGGAACGAUAAGAAGCCCCCACCCUACAGGCACAUCAAGGUAAACCGGCCAAUCGGGAAGGUGCAGAUAAUCACGGCCGACCUAUCGGAGAUCCCGCGGUGCAACUGCAAGGCGUCGGACGAGAACCCGUGCGGGGUGGACUCGGAGUGCAUCAACCGCAUGCUGCUCUACGAGUGCCACCCCCAAGUGUGCCCGGCCGGCGAGCGCUGCCUCAACCAGGCCUUCACCAAGCGCCAGUGCAGCCAGGUGGAGAUCUUCCGCACGCUGGCCAGAGGGUGGGGGCUUCGCUGCGCCCACGACAUCAAGAAGGGGGAGUUUGUGAACGAGUAUGUGGGCGAGGUGAUCGACGAGGAGGAGUGUCGAGCCAGGAUCAAACACGCCCAGGACAACGACAUCUGCAACUUCUACAUGUUGACGCUGGAUAAGGACCGUAUCAUUGACGCCGGGCCCAAAGGGAACCAGUCUCGCUUCAUGAACCACAGCUGCCAGCCCAACUGUGAGACUCAGAAGUGGACAGUCAGCGGCGACACCAGGGUGGGGCUGUUCUCCCUGGUGGACAUUCCUGCAGGGACGGAGAUCACCUUCAACUACAACCUGGAGUGCCUGGGCAAUGGGAAGACUGUGUGUAAAUGUGGGGCUCCAAACUGCAGCGGCUUCCUGGGGGUCCGGCCCAAGAACAACCCUCCAGGGGAGGACAAGGGGCGUAGGAUGAAAAAGAAGGUCCAGGCGAAGCGCAAGAAGGUGGAGGUGACCAAGGAGAGGGAGGACGAGUGUUUCAGCUGUGGGGACGGGGGCCAGAUGGUGUCCUGCAAGAGGCCUGGAUGUCCCAAGGUCUACCACGCCGACUGUCUCAACCUCACCAAGAGACCUGCAGGUCGCUGGGAGUGCCCGUGGCACCAGUGUGACGUGUGUGGCAAGGAGGCGGCCUCCUUCUGCGAGAUGUGCCCCAGUUCCUACUGCUGCCUCCACCGCGACGGCAUGCUGUUCAUCUCCAAGCUGGACGGACGCCUCUCCUGCAGCGAGCACGAUCCCUGCGGCCCCGACCCCCUGGAGCCGGGAGAGAUUAGGGAGUACGCCCCGGACCCAGCCGCCCUGCCUCCCUGCCUGGGGAACAUCCUCCCCGCACCCCCUGGCUCUCCUGGUCCUCCGGCCGCUUCCAGGGGACAAGGGGAGCCACAGGACGGGCCGGGCCCAGGAUCGGGCCUUCAUCCUGGGUUCGGCUCUGAGGACUCCUCCCCGUUCUCCAUCGCCAUCCCUGUCUCUGUUCCGGAGGCCACCGCUUCCCCCACCCCGCACCCCGACUCAGACAGCCCAGGAAGCCCCCAUGUGUUCGAUCUGCCCCACUACUCGCCCAUCUCCUCCUAUGAAGAAGAGAGGGAUGUGGAGGAGGAAGAGGAGGAGGGCGAAGAGGGGGAGAAAAGAGAGGAUGGAGAGCUGGAAGGUCUUGAGAUAAAUGAGGAGGAGGAGGAGGAGGAGGAGGAGGAGGAGGAGGAAGAGGAGGAGGAAGAAGAGGAGGAGGAGGAGGAAGAAGAGGAGGAGGAGGAGUGAAGAGUCUUUCUGCAUUUCUGCAUGGUGGCUUAUGAUUCCACAUAGACCUUACAGCGGGAGGGAGGGAGGGCACAAGGGGACUAACCAAUCAAACCACUGGAAAGGCCUGUCAAUCACCAUCACAUCCUAUGAUCAUGGAUUACCCUAGGAGAUUGGCUGCCUGCUCCUGGGGGUUGGCUAAUCCUGAACUUCAAUACUACACACUCUUUUACAUAGUUCAAAAUGAGGACCAGUCAAUAACAUUUGAUGUUAUAAAAAGUCAUCAGCGACUUGUACAGCAGUUUGGUCUGGCAGAUGCUCGUGGACAAACAGGAAGUUCCCGAACCCUGUAUUUCAGAUGGGUGUAGUGGUGUAUGAUGGGAAAUGUAGUCAUAUAUGUCAGUUCCACAGCUGCAGGUUUGUGGUGUCUGUUAAAUGGUUUUAAGACGUGUUUACAUGUUCCGCUUCUCCUGUCGGAGGAUACUGCGAUUUAAGAAUGAGAAAACA